AGAAAAGAAUGCUUGACUACGCAUGCGCUAAUGUCAUGGUGGAGCUUCUUCUUACUUCUGGUGAAAUUCGGUUAAAGUCUUGCUUUUUAGUGACAGACAUGGCGUGUUGGUAGCUCACUUCUCGCAAAUAUCAACCAUAGGAAGAAGACUACGUCACAGGGAAGGAGAAGCGUAAUAAUGACAACAAACGAGGAUCAAGAGAUGGAGUUGGAAGCUCUUCGCUCUAUCUAUGAGGGCGAUGAAUGUUUUAAAGAGCUUAGUCCAGUUUCCUUUCAAUUACGAAUAGGAGACCUGGAGGACUCCAAAUCAUUCAUCCUGGAUGUAACAUGGCCAGAGAUGUACCCAGAGAUUGGCCCACAAAUUUCCCUUGAUGGCUUUUUUAACAACAGACUCGCUCCAGACACGAAGCAGCUCAUCCUAUCCAAGCUGGAGGAGCAAGUGGAGGCCAACGUGGGCACUGCAAUGAUGUACACACUGUUUGAGUGGGCCAAAGAGAACCAGGAAGCCCUGAUGGAGAACCACACACCUGUAGUCACUGCUGUGACCUUAACGUCCAACAGUGAGGUGACAUUGACCACGGCGACUGCCAAAAAGAAGGAAAGGAGGGAGCAGCUGACCAAAGCUCAGAAGAGGAGAAUCAUCGGUCGAACAGACCACAAAGGGGAAUUGCCCAGAGGUUGGAACUGGAUCGACGUUAUCAAACACGUAAGUGGAUCAACAUCUGAAUCGAAACCGGGUGAGACUGGUUCACACUUCUGUUGCGGUAAUUGUUGUUCUCCGCUGUGUUGUAGCUGAGUAAGACAGGAGGCAAAGAUGACGAUUAAGCCCUAAAAGGGCAAACAGGACACAAGCUGUGCUUGUGAACAUCAAUAAGGAGUUCAUGUGUCGGCAGGAUUGUCUUCUUGUUCAGAAUUUCUCCAACAUGAAGGUACUGAAUCCCACUGCCUACACUUUCGUCUGAAAGUGCAAGUGUUACAUUGAACGUGGUCAUUUUAAAACACAAUUUUACUCCUUUUGCUAUUUUCUCAUGAUUUUGUUUGACCUGAAAAUAUCUUGUACAUAAAUAAAACAUUUUGAAAGUAGUUUAACGGGUGACCGACUUUGUGUUAAAUUUGUUAGGACACUAUAUCAUGAUUAUAAUUUGAAAGUUUCAUGUUAGCUUUAAAUGAGCACAUAUUUUCCCCAGAGUUUCCAUUGGACAUUAGGUGGAAAUAAUAUUCAAUCCACUGCACAAUGUAAAUGAGCAAAAGUGAGAAAACAUACCUGAUGUAUGGAAAGACAUUUUUAUUGUAGAAAGUGCCAAAAGUAUAUCAGGUUCUGUACACAAAUAUUGGAGAUUUAAAAUCCUCCCCUAGAACUGAGGGAAUGUUUUCUUUAAGGUCGGCUACGCCGAACGUUUGAUUUGUCUCGAUGUGCCGAUGAUCCUUUUUCGGGAAUGGAAUCAUUGACUACAUCAAAGAGACUCCUUUUAAGGGACUUCUCUAACUGUUUGGAAAACUCCUUCUUAAACAUGUUUUCAAAGAAACUUGUCAUGUCAUGUGCAUCCUCCACAAAAUGUGAAGAUUGUUCAUCAGUGCUUAAGUCUUCAUUGGUGCCGCUAUCGCUCAGUGGUAACGUCACUGACACUGUGGACGAGUCAAAAGAAUGAGACAAGUCUUCUGUCUUGUUUUCUAAAAUGAUUGGAUAUGGUGUUCUCUCGCCUUUUCUUUCGCUCUUUGCUUUCACCCUCUUACUUUUCCUCCUGCCAUAGUGGGUCUUCCACAUGGAUUUGACUUUUUUGAAAAUUGGCCUGAUAGCUGGUUUGGCUCCUAUACAGUCCAGGAUAGUACCAGGACAGUCCUCUAGAAGUGGGUGUAUCUUUCGUGGCCGCCUUAUGAGCCACCUCUUCCAAAGGGAUGUCCUGGCGUGAAGUUCUAGAGAUGGUGUCUCUUCAAGGUCUGUCGUGUCAGAUAAAAUAUUCUUGCCAACGCUGUCCUCUGACACUUUCAUGUCCAUAUCUUCGGGCUCUUUAGAUGAAGACCCGCUGAACCCCCUGCCUUCUGACAACUUAGGGGCGUCUACAACCGCUUUUGAUGAAGACCUCCUCGACUGGCAGCCUUCAGAAAAUUUGCGUCCAGCCUCUACUUCUGCAACUGAUGGGCUCUGAGUGAGCCAGUCUUCUGGUGACUUGAGUUCAACAUAUGCACCUGCUUCUGAUGAAGACCUCUUGACUGUUCUGACUUCAUGCAAUUUAAGUUCAGCAGAAGGCCUCUUUGUUACCUGGUCUGCUGGAGAUUGGGGAUCAGCAUAUGCUCCUGAUUCUGAUGAAGGCCUUCUUGCGAUCCAGUCUUCUGGAGACUUACAGACCGCAUCUACUACAGCAAGCGAUGAAGACCUCUUUGGUACAUAGUCCUCUGGGGACUUACAAUCAACAUUUGCCAAUGAUUCUGAAGGCCUCCUUGCGAUCCAUUCUUCUGGAGACUUACAGACCGCAUCUACUAUAGCAACCGAUGAAGACCUCUUUGGGACAUAGUCCUCUGAGGACUUGCGAUCAGCAUUUGCCAAUGUUUCUGAUGGCCUUUUUGUGACCCAGUCCUGAGGUGAGUCAAGAUCACUAUCAGCUCCUGCAACCGAUGAAAGCUUCUUUGCAACCCGGUCUUCUGAUGACUCAAAUUUAGCAUAUUUCUCUGCUUCUGAUGAAGGUCUCUUUGUUACCCAAUUCCCUGAGGUAAAAUCGCUGUCUACUGUUGC